CCGAGUUCUAUGCACUUCGACAACAGAAGCAGGCCGGUAAGGCGCGGUAUUCUGCAAUGGCAAAAUUCGAUGCAUAAGCCAACAACUUCACUCCUUCACGUACGUGUAAUUCAUUGCUACCGCUACUCCUGUUCAUGUGGCUGUAAAAAGAUCACAGAAAAAGUCUCCAAUACUAAUUCAUAGAUUUUUGGGGAGUCUGGUGGCCACUUGUAUUUGAAUAAUUUGAUCGAGACUCACAAGCAUUGUAACGUCCUAUUGUACCUCAUGGAGGUCAUGGAGAUGGCGAGCGACUACUCAGGUUGGUUUGUCAAGUACCUUGUUGUUAUUGAUCUCAAUCCGGUAUUAGGGGCUCAUCCUGUCAGGUCCCAAUUUGUUAUCUUGUAUCUUUUCCGAGAGAAGGAAAAUUAUGAUGAGGUUGAGGAAUCGUCACCUGCUCUUUGGUUGCAUAUGCCUGGUAUAUCUCUUUCUGUUGAUGUGAAGUCUAUUAGCACACUGAUAGAUGACCACUGUGACAAACCAAAAGAAAAAAGGAGUACGGUUGGUUUGAAGUUGCAAAAUGACAUGUUAGCAUACUUUCUCCUAUCAAGGUUACAAAAUAUUUGGCCAAAAUUAGACAGUGUUAACUUUGUCUCAUGUAUAAUCCAACUUUUUCCUCCAGUCCUGAGAAGAUUAAAAGGAGAGACAUAUAUAUGUUAGGAAACCUACAUUUGAUUUUCUGAUUGAAGCAAAAGAAGAAUGCUCAUCACUAUUAAGUAUCAACAGAAUUAGCUGACAUAGUGUUUCUGUCUUUGGAAAUACAUGCACAUACACUCUUUGUUAAAACACAGGUUCGUGUUUCUCCAUGUUUCAGCAUACUGGCAA